GGGAAAAAAGAUGUGCCCUCAGUCACUGAGGGCUGCAGAGGGUGGCGACCACUGGAGAACGGAGAUGCAGCAGGAAGAAGUGGCAAGCAUGAGUUCCAAGUCAAAAUCCAUAGGGAUCAUUGGAGCCCCUUUCUCCAAGGGACAGCCACGAGGAGGGGUGGAAGAAGGUCCUACAGUAUUGAGAAAGGCUGGUCUGCUUGAGAAACUUAAAGAACAAGAGCAUGAUGUGACAGACUACGGAGACCUGUCCUUUGCUGAUGUCCCUAAUGACAGCCCCUUUCAUAUUGUGAAGAAUCCACGGUCGGUGGGAAAAGCCAAUGAGCAGCUGGCUGGUGCAGUGGCAGAAAUCAAGAAGAACGGGAGGAUCAGCCUGGUGCUGGGCGGGGACCACAGCUUGGCGAUUGGAAGCAUCUCUGGCCAUGCCAGUGUCUGCCCCGACCUGGCUGUCAUUUGGGUGGAUGCUCAUACUGAUAUCAACACUCCACUGACAACCACAAGUGGGAACUUGCAUGGACAACCUGUGUCUUUCCUCCUGAAGGAACUGAAAGGAAAGAUCCCUGAUGUACCAGGAUUCUCCUGGGUGACUCCCUGCAUAUCUGCCAAGGAUAUUGUCUAUAUUGGCUUGAGAGAUGUAGACCCUGGGGAACACUACAUUGUGAAAACUCUGGGUAUUAAAUACUUUUCAAUGACUGAAGUGGACAAACUGGGAAUUGGCAAGGUGAUGGAAGAAACAUUGUGCUAUCUACUAGGAAGAAAGAAAAGGCCAAUUCAUCUGAGUUUUGAUGUUGAUGGAUUAGACCCAUCUUUCACACCAGCUACUGGCACACCGGUUGUGGGAGGUCUGUCUUACAGAGAAGGUAUCUACAUCACAGAAGCAAUUCAUAAGACAGGACUACUCUCAGGAUUAGAUAUAAUGGAAGUAAACCCAUCUCUGGGGAAGACACCAGAAGAAGUAACUCGAACAGUGAACACAGCAGUAGCACUAACCUUGGCUUCUUUUGGAGUUGCUCGGGAGGGCAAUCACAAGCCAAUUGACUACCUUCACCCACCUAAAUAAAUAUGGAGCGUUAUCUAAAAAUUUCACAGCUAAUGCUGUAAUUAGCAUAUCUAUAACUUACUUAAGCUUACAGUUAUCUGCCCAAAGACUUGUUCUUCCAGAAAAAUGUUUUUCCAAUUAGUAUAAACUCUACCAAUUCCUUCUUGUUGUGAAACUCAAACUCAAGAAUUGGAAAUUAAAACUUCCGUGAAAUUGGAAAAGAUUUUCUCAUUUGAAAAAAAAAAAGACGUAUAUUUAGGAGCAGCACACAUUGACUCCCAAUUAAAAAUGUGCUGGUGUGCAAAUAUUCACCCAUUAUAAUCCCCCACAAAGAGAGUAGACUCCUGAUAUCAGAAAACAAAGUUACCUCAUCUGGAAAGACAGUACAUGUCCAUGUUAUUUGAAAUAUGUGAUUCCUUUUGUAAUAAACUCUUUAUAAAGAAAA